AUGAGCCGUGAUCUAAAUGAGUAUCCUCUUUUAGAUAUUCCCAUGCCAUUUCAGUAUCAACUGAAAGAACUUGACGAUGGCGAUGCCGUGGCGAUGCUUAAUUUGUUGAAAAGCCGUACGCCCGACAGCAGAUCGAUGAAAAGGAAGCUUAUCUCGGGCGAUGACAGGGAUCACGACGCGAAGAGGUCAAAAGUCAAUGAGCAGACCAGUCCCAACGCCGGUUUACCAGAGGAUAUCGUGCCCACGCCGACAGUUGAGGCCAGGUUGAAGUUCGAGUUGGAAGAUGAAAAUACAAACAUCAAAGGGUCCUCUUCUCGUGAGAAAAUUCAGCCGGACAACGCUAGUCUGCCUUUCUCUAAUCAACCAUUACAACUAUCAUGCAUUACUGGAUCUUCUGGAGAUUCUCCAGUUGCCCUCCCUAACAACAGCGUUGUGACAGUAGCGAGUCAAACAGAUGAAGCCUUGCCGCUAUCACCCAUCGCAUCUCCUAGCUAUCCUCCUUCUGAAAACUCAGAUAUAUCCCAACAUGCUGAUUUUACGAGCAACUAUUUAAGCACAAUCGCUUCAACGGCCCACUCACAGCUUACUCCUGAUGCUUACAAGAACCUCAUUUUCCAGCUCAUUAGUAAGAUGAACAGAAGCGGUCUUUCCGAUUUGGGAACUCUUAUUAAAGAUAAUUUGAAGCGCGACUUCAUCGGUUCUCUUCCCUUAGAAGUGUCGAUCAAAAUUUUGACAAACCUUGGCUUCGAAGAUAUCGCCACUUGCUUGGGAGUGAGCAAAUCUUGGAACAAACUUAUAAACAGCACAUCAUACUUAUGGAGAAGAUUGAUGGUAGUAGAAGGUUUUCUUUCGGCAGAGGAGUUCAAAAAAUAUUGCGAAGCUGUUCCUCAUAAUCAAGCUACUUCUGCAAAUUUAGAAGAUAGAUUUCGCUUAAGCUUCCUGGAGAAUCGAGCAUAUUUGAAAAAUUGGUACAGCCCAUCUUACAAGCCACAUAGAACUACUUUGAAGGGCCACAGUACGAGCGUGGUUACUUGCUUACAAUUUGAAGAUGACUACGUGAUUACUGGUGCAGAUGACAAAAUGAUUCGUGUUUACGAUGCGCAUAACGAGCGUUUUGUGACCCAGUUAAGUGGCCAUGAUGGAGGAGUAUGGGCACUCAAAUAUGACACUGAUGGUAUUCUUGUAAGCGGUUCUACAGACCGCAGUGUCCGUGUUUGGAAUAUUGAAUUGGGUAAGUGCACGCACAUUUUUAGGGGUCAUACCUCCACAGUUAGAUGUCUCGAUAUUAUAGAACAUCAAGGUCAAAAAUUUAUCGUGACGGGAUCAAGAGACCACACGCUUCACGUCUGGAAAUUGCCUUCGGCAAGUACUAACGACUCAUCUCCCGACGAAUGUGAGAUUUACAAUACCACUGAUUCAAAUCCAUAUUUUGUGGGCGUUCUCAGGGGACACAUAGGGUCUGUACGGACGGUAUCUGGUCAUGGUAAUAUUGUAAUCAGUGGAUCUUAUGAUCACAAUCUCAUGAUAUGGGACAUUGCGAAGAUGAAGUGUUUGUAUGUUCUGACCGGCCACACGGACAGAAUAUACUCUACCAUUUACGACCAUAAAAGAAAUCGUUGCAUAUCAGCCAGCAUGGAUAUGACGAUCAAGGUCUGGGACCUUGACCGUGUUCAAAACAAUGGUCAUUGCUCGAUGAUAAGCUCAACGACAAACCCAUGCAUAAAGGUUACUGGGUCAAUGCUAACACUUCAGGGACAUACGGCUUUAGUGGGAUUGCUUGGGCUGUCGGAUAAAUUUUUGGUUAGUGCAGCCGCCGAUGGUUCUUUACGUGGAUGGGAUUCUAAUGACUACUCUCGAAAAUUCGCUUACCACCAUGCCAACUUAAGUGCUAUCACAACAUUCUAUAUGAAUGACAACCUCCUGGUGAGCGGCUCAGAGGGGCAAUUUAAUGUAUACAAUCUCCGCACCGGAAAACUUAUAUAUUCCGAUUUGUUGAGUGACGCAGAUCAGAUUUGGUCCGUGAAGUUCAAUAAUCGGAAGCUUGUCGCAGCGGUGGAAAAGGAUGGGAAGAGUUUUGUUGAAAUACUUGACUUUGGAAAGGAUCUGCGAAACUACCAACGUAUAGACGAGGAUUCUACUGACAUUAAACAAACGCCGACUUCCGGAGUCCAGGAUGAUGUAGGAGAGCAUAAUUACCACGAGUCUCGUUCUUUUCAUUUCCCAGGUCCGCACAAUAACGAAAAUGCAUAA